AUGGCCUCGUCCAACAACGCUGCCACACCUGGGUCCGAUUGCAGCCCUGCACCAUCGCCUGCUGAGUCCUCGGGAAGCACCAUCUGUACCGCUGCCGAUUUUGAACAAGACCGCCGCAGCUCCAUCCGCCAACUCGUACCAAAGUCCCCACCAGGCCCUCACGUCGCCGCCACGUUGUCCGUCAACACGCACGCCAAUGGCCCCUCCCAGUCGGGCGGGGGGCCUACGAGCAUGAUACAUUCCAUCCCGCCCCGACCCAAGCCCGGCCGCAAGCCUGCCACCGCGGAGCCUGAGACCAAGCGCAAGGCCCAGAAUCGCAUCUCGCAGCGCAACUUCCGUGAACGCAAGCAGAAGAAUGUACAAAUGCUGCUCGAACAGGUCAACCAGACCAGUACGGAAUUCAACGAUGCCCGCAACACAUGGCUACGGGAGAAACAGCUUCUGGAAGACCGAGCACGGGUUCAAGCACAAGAAAUCCAGAUACUGACAGAGCGUCUACGCACAAGUGACGCCCAAACGAUUAUGUGGAGGAAUAUGUACCAGAAAGCGAGAGCAGGCGAAGACGUCUGCACGCCAAAUUUCGAGGACUAUGCUCCCAUGCCGGACUUCGCUCGAAUCCGUAGCGCACGCCACGACGCACCGUUCGAGAGCACGCAAUCAGGAUGCGAUCGCUGCACGCCUGAACAUUGCGCCUGUCUCGCCGACCUCACCAAUGAUAUGCAAUUCCCGGACGAGGCCUCGGCUCGUAUGGACGGCGUGUCCAUGACUGGAACACUUCGCGGCGGCCAAGGAGAGCUCGACCAAGAGAAGCAUCCCCACGUCGAGUUCGAAGUCGACUUCACCAACAAGUUCAAGAGCGCAUCUACAUUCGCACCAUCGACGGAGGACAACAAGAUUACAGACUGUGGCUUCUGUGAGGGACAAAAGGACAUCUGCAUAUGCGAUCCCCCUGCUCGUGUUGACAGCGCCGACGAGGGCAUCUCACUCACGCGCAUGAAGAGUGGUUCUUCAACUGAAGAAGCGAAGCCCAACAUGGCCAUGACCGGGCCUGGCUCUUGUGCCGACUGUCAGUCAAACCCCCAGCAGCGAGCCUGGUGUCAGCGAGUCGCUCAGCUCCGGAGCGAGGAAACCCCUUCGAGCUCACGGCGUAAUUCAAGCAAGAGCAGCUCGCUCGACAUCAUGGAACCCAAGGCAUCAACCAGCAUAGACAUUAGCGCCGGCAUUUCGUCGCCUGUGGGUACUGGAAGGACAGUCGGUUGCAGCGAUGCCUUCAAGUUACUUGAUGGUCGAGUUUCCACGGACCCGAACGCCAUGGACUGGCGCCAACUAAAGCCUGUUCCGCAGGCUUUCGGACGCCAGGAAACUCGCAGGGACACAUUCACUAUGGAACCCGGCAUGUACAGCGCGAUGGAGCUGGACGCCAGCAGCAUUCUCACUACCCUCCAACACGCCCAGCGUCCUCUCAGGACCCGCCCGUCCGACGGCCCACAUGCGCCGCUGAUUGAAGAAGCCGAGGAACGGCGCCGAGCUUCUUUCUCGCCCAUGACCAAGGCCGAGGAUCACGCCAUGAUGGACGCAGUCUCUCACUACAAUAUCGACCACUGA